UUAAUUACAGAGUGAAUCAGUUUGAAACAACACUUUUCUAAGAUUAUUUAGACGGCUUAACACAUUUUAUAACAAUGGUUCAAAACUGGUUUUCGUAUCCGAAUCCAGCGCCAGGAGAAGAAGUUGUAAUUUGUGGUAUUUCGGGUUUAUUUCCAAAAAGUGACAACAUUAUUGAAUUAAAGCAUAAUUUAUAUAAUGGUAUUAACUUGAUAUCAGAAGAUAACUCAGCCUCAAAUCCUGAUAUACCAAAAUAUAUGGGUCGAGUGAAUGCAAAUGUUCUUAGCGAGUUUGAUAAUAAAUUUUUUAAUAUUCCCGAUGAACAGAUAUAUUCAAUGGAUCCAAUGACUCGUGUUCAUUUAGAGAAAGCAUAUGAGGCCAUAAUUGAUGCAGGAUUAAAUCCCGACGAUUUACGUGGAACAAAAACUGGAGUUUACACAGCGUCCUCAUUUAGUGAAGCUGACUAUGAUUGGAUUAAUUCACCAGCGAAUGUUGAUGGCUAUGGUGCGAUUGGAACAAGUAUUAAAGGAAUGUUAGCCAACCGCAUAAGUCAAUGGUUAGAUUUACAUGGCCCAUCGUAUAAUGUGGAUACAGCUUGUUCAAGUUUCUUAUAUGCUGUUGAGCACGCAUAUAGAGAUUUGAGAGCUGGAUUUGUGGAUUGUGCACUUGUUGGAACAGCAAAUUUAUGUAUGUCUGAAAUGACAACUUUACAAUUUGUACAUUUGGGUUUAUUAUCAAAAGAAGGAGCUUGUCGAACUUUUGAUGAAAAAGCAAAUGGCUAUGUAAGAUCUGAAACAAUUGGAUGUGUUGUUUUAAUGCGUGCUAAAGAUGCUAAACGUAUCUACUCGUAUAUUGUGCACUCAAAGACUAAUUGUGAUGGAUAUAAACCUCAAGGUAUUACGUUUCCAUCUGCAGAAGGUCAACACAAAUUAUUGAGUGAAUUCUAUAACGAAAUUACAAUUUUACCGAAAGAUAUUAAUUACGUUGAAUGCCACGGCACUGGUACUAAAGUUGGAGACGUAGAGGAAUGUAUUUCAGUUGAGAAAAUAUUUUGUAAAGAUCGUAAAUCACCGUUAAAAAUUGGUUCUGUUAAAUCUAAUCUUGGACAUUCUGAACCAUCCUCUGGAUUAUGUUCAAUUGCAAAAUGCAUUUUGUCCAUGGAGUCUGGUUUGAUUCCACCAAAUUUGCAUUAUAAUAACCCAAAGAAAGAAAUUCAAGGAAUAACCGAAAAUAAAAUGGAAGUUGUUGAUAAAAUUACUCCAUUAGAUGGUGAUUAUAUGGCUGUGAGUGGAUUUGGAUUUGGUGGAGCUAAUGCACAUCUGUUGUUGAGACGUUUCGAAAAAAUGAAAAAAAAUAAUGGGUAUCCCUCGGAUGACCUACCACGUCUUGUUUGUGUAUCUGGCAGAACUCAAGAUGCAGUGAAUACAAUCAUCCAUGAUUUACAAAAACGUUCUAUAGAUGUAGAGCACGUUCGAUUAUAUCAUGAAGUUUAUCGGAAGAAUAUAAAAAAUCAUGAAUAUCGUGGAUAUGUGCUAUUACAAAAAAGUGAGCCACGUAAUAUUGGCCAUGCAACGAAAUUUAUUAAAAAUUUGGCAACACCAGCCAUUUGCUAUGUUUUCACUGGAGUAGGAAGUCAAUGGGCUGGCAUGGGCAUAACAUUAAUGCAAAUACCAAAAUUCGCGGCAACAAUGCAUAAAUUGAACAAAUAUCUAGAUCCACUUUGUGUGAAUAUUGUGAAGAUUAUUACUGAUACAAAUCCAAAAGUUUUUGAUAAUCCUUUGUAUGCAAUACUUGGAACUACAGCGAUCCAAAUUGGUUUAGUUGAUGUAUUGAAUGCAAUUGGCAUCGAAGCAGAUCAUAUGAUUGGUUAUUCCACUGGAGAAUUCGCAUGUGCCUAUGCUGAUAAUUGUUUAACUGCUGAGCAAACAAUUUUGGCUGCAUAUUAUCGUGGAUUAACAUUGUUUGAUUCCAAAAUGAUUGGGAAGUCGAUGGCUAUGAGAGAUGUUAAUUCAAAUGAGUUAUUAAAUGACUAUACAACAGAAAUCGAUAGAGAUGAGCAUAUCAAUAAAAGAAAUAGAAUGGAAAAUUCGGGUUUAGUAGGGUCGGGAUUACUGAAAGAGUUAAGAAAAUUAAUUCCAAAUCCAAAGUCAAAAUCAAAGAAAUGGAUUAGUAAAACUGAAUCAACAAACAUGAAGAAUAAUGAAAACCACGAAUUAUUCAUUCUUGAAAUAUCACCAGCUAAUUCAUUAGUCGAUCUGUUAAAAGAUGUUAUUGAUAAAGAGAAUGUUUUGAUUGGAUCACUGAUGCAAAAGAACGAUUAUGAUUUAAACACAUUUUUUAAUAUUAUUGGAAACUUGUAUACAAAAGGAUUCAAUCCACAAUUGGCAACAUUGUACCCGGAAGUACAAUUUCCUGUAAGCUGUGGUACUCCAAUGAUAGGACACACCGUAAAAUGGGAUCAUUCAAGAAAAUGGCCAGUACCAAAAGAAGGCUUUAGUUGGGUCGACACAUCGUUGGAAAAAACGAUUUUAAUCGAUGUGACUAAGCCAACAUAUGAAUAUCUUACAGGCCACAUAGUUGAUGGUCGUAAUCUUUUUCCGGCAACUGGUUACUUAGUUUUAAUGUGGAACGCCUUAUCAGAAAUUGAAGGAGAAUUAUUGGAAAAUAUUGCAGUGGAAUUUGAUGAUGUUAAAUUUUUACGGGCUACAAAUAUCCCAAAAAAAAAUACACUAACAUUUUCAAUGAUGAUCCAAAAGGGUACCGGAAAUUUUGAAAUUUUAGAAAGUGAUUCAGUUGUCGUCACUGGUCGACUCAAGCGUUUACCUCAUAAUUCCAAAGAAUUACUAAAGCUGCCCGAAGUAAAACCAAUUGUCAAUGAUACUGACAAGUUGCCGUUAAACUCACGUGAUAUUUACAAAGAAUUGCGCUUACGUGGCUACAAUUAUCAAAAUGAGUUCAAGGGCAUUAUAUCUACGGAUAAUAGUGGCUUUGUUGGACAAAUUCAAUGGAAACCAAGCAUGUGGACUGCAUUUAUGGAUAAUAUGCUACAACUGCAAAUAUUACAAGAAGAUGCCAGGUUUUUGUAUGUACCCACAAGUAUACGAAAAUUAACAAUUUAUCCGCAUGAACAUUUCCAACAUAUCCAAGAACACGAAGAUGGUGGACAGUCAAUAACCGUCACAAAUUACAAAGAAUAUAAAGUGCUACAAGGUGGAGGUAUCCAAAUUGAGGAUUUAAUGGCAACAUCAAUAAAUCGUCGAAAACCUUUGGCUGAAGCUGUUUUAGAAAAACAAGAAUUUGUUCCAUUAAUAAAUUGUAUUUCCCAAAAAUAUACGGUUGUUGAUGCUAUGCGAAUAUUUUUCCAAAUCGGUUUAGAGAAUAACCCAAGUGUUAAGGUAAAAGUCGUUGAGGUUGAUAAUGAAGUCAACGAUAUAUUGGCACCAGUAAUUUUUGAAGUUCUAAGCGACCUACCAUUAAUUCAACCUGAUAUAACAGUUCUUUCAAGUCGAUCGUUUCAAUUGCCAAAUAAUUGUCAAGUUUCUAACAAACCAUUAGAAACUGAAUCCAAAGCUGAUUAUAUUGUGACAUAUGAUUUAAUAAACAAUCCAAAUGUAAGUAUUCAAUUUAAUAUUAAAACAAGUUGA